GUGUAUGAACUGAACGAAAAUAGUAAGGGAAUAAUAAACAUAACCUUAGAUUAAAAGCAAACUGUACAUGAAAAUUUAUCUUUAUUUUAGGCCCAGUCUAGUGAUUAAAUUGUAGCCUUUAUCAUUCCGUUCUUAUUAAUGUAAUCAAGUGCGAUAUUAGCAUAGUAAAUCAUAAAAUCGUCAUAGUUUAGUUGUCCACUAUCUUUUUACUUGAAUUGUUAAACAAUGUCAACAACAGCUAUUGAAAUCGAAAAAUUGGAACAAAUUAAAACUAACCUUAAAUGUAGUAAUCAUUCAGAGAAUUUAAUAUUUAAAUCACCAAUUCCUAAAAUUUGUUUGAAGGAACCAUGCAAAAUAGGUGUUGAUGAAGCAGGAAGAGGACCUGUGCUAGGGCCAAUGGUGUACGGUGUGUCUUAUUGCCCUGUCAGUAUGGAAGAGGACUUGAAGAAACUAGAAUGUGCGGAUUCCAAGACACUUACAGAAAAGAAAAGGGAAGAAAUAUUUGAAACUUUGAUUAAAGCAAAUGAAUUUAUUGGAUGGAUGGUUGAAGUCAUAUCUCCAAAUAUUAUAUGCAACAGGAUGUUGCAAAGACAAAAAUAUUCUCUCAACCAAGUAUCUCAGGACUCAGCUGUAGGAUUGAUCCAAGCAGCUUUAGACGCAGGUGUAAACGUGACUGAAGUCUACGUCGAUACAGUUGGAAUGCCAGAAAAAUAUCAGGAAAAACUGUCAAAGAUAUUCCCCCAGCUGAAUAUUACCGUGGCAAAGAAAGCUGACUCCUUGUUUGCAAUCGUAAGCGCGGCAAGUAUAUGCGCCAAAGUGUCCAGGGAUAUCGCUGUGCAGAACUGGGUGUUCUCCGAGAAAAUUGAUCUUCCUGAGGAUAUAUCCUGGGGGAGUGGUUAUCCGGGAGAUCCGGAGACGAUAAAAUUCCUAAAGAACAACAUCGAUCCAGUGUUUGGCUUCCCUCAACUCGUCCGGUUCAGCUGGUCCACGGCUCAGAAAUUGUUGGACCAACAUGCAGUUGCGGUUGACUGGUCAGAUGAGGAGGAAGAAGAUAGUGUUGUCAAGAACAAUACUGCCAUCACCACAUUCUUCAGACCCUCUACUAAGACCGCUAGAAGCAAACAUUCCUUCUUUGUCGACAGAGGCUUGAAAAACAUGCAGGAGUUUUAAAUUCAAUGUGAUACAUUAAGUUUGCCCAAAGUUGUUUUUGUUGAAUGUGAAAUGAAUUGAUUGUUAGGUCUAUUUAAUAUACUUGAAUGAUUGUUUUCAUUUGCACUGACGAUAAAAGGUUUUUUUAUGAAAUAAAGGUAGAAUAUUUUUACAAAAA